AUGUCUCUUCACGAAGCCGCCCGUGACAACAAGCCAGACAUUGUGUCUGCGCUUCUUUCGGAGAAUCCCUCAUUGGCCUCUUCCUUGGAUGACGACUCACGCACGCCGCUCCACUGGGCCUGUACCAUGCAACACUCUGCCAUCGUGUGUCUUCUUCUUCCCCACAUUGGAGAAAUUGACGACUUGACUGAUGAGGCCGGCUGGACACCGGUGCAUAUAGCCGCUGCCGUCGGUAGCAAUUCUAUUCUUGAGCUCCUCAUGGCCCACGAUCCGCAGCCAGACAUCAAUUUGCCCACCAGCACAGGCGCCACCGCGCUCCACGUCGCAGUCAGCAAGGGCCAUGUGGACACGGUGCACCUUCUCAUCGACACAUACAAAUGUUCUGUGCGGGCCAAGGACAAAAUGGGUCGAACGGCGCUCCACCGGGCUGCGGCAGGCGGAAGCCAGCCGCUUGUCAAGCGCUUGGUCGCUGCUGGGGCUGUCGUCAGCGCCACAGACAAGGACGGGUGGACUGCGCUCCACCACGCCUUGGCAGAGGGCCAUGGCGACGUGGCAGUGCUCUUGGUGCAAUUGGGUGCCGACACAGGCGCAGCAGACAGCUCUGGAGCCACGCCCGUGGACGUCGCAAACGAGCAAGUGCGGGCGUACUUCACGCGGGCUGUGGGACUAUAG